GUAGUGGGCACUGUCGUGUGCCCACGCACAGUCACACGGACAUGUUAAUCCUCUUCCCCUGGUGAGGUCUCGCGGCGGCGGGCAAAUCCAUUCGACGAUCCCAAUGGCGGCCUCGUCGUCGUUCAAGCCGAACCCGCUGUCGCUGAGCGUGCCGGACCCCGCGCUCGACCGCUGGCUCCGGGACACCGGUUACCUCGACCUCCUCGACUCCACCCCCACCGGAGGGCCGUCGUCAGCCUCAGCCCCCUCCACCUCCAGCCCCGCCGCGGGCCCGGACUCAUCUGGCGUCGCGGUCGACAUCCUCGCCUUCGCGCGCACCCUCGCCUCGCUCCUCGCGCUCAACCCCUUCGCGCGCCUCUCCGCCACCGACCUGGCCGCGCCCACCCCUUCCUGGUCGCUUGCCUUCCUAGGCACCCCCGGCGCCGCGUCCUACUCCUGGCCGCCCACACCCACCCAGGCCAGGCUCCGCGUCCAGGAGAACGUCCGCCGGUACGCGCGCAACUACGCCGCGCUCACCAUCCUCGUCUUCGCGUGCUGCCUGUACCGGAUGCCGAUGGCGCUGCUGGGGAUGCUGGUCAGCCUCGCCGUCUGGGAGGGCGUGCGCUACUGCCGGGACCAUUGGGGUCUUACCACCAGGGCUCCAGGGGUUGCCCAGGCUCUGUUGCACUGUGCGCAGAUUGCUACCGCCAUACUCCUGUACGUCUGCAACCUACAGUUUGCUCUCGUGUACGCCAUCGGAUUGAGCUAUGCGUUGAUGAUGUUGCACGCCUCGCUUCGGAAGUUGACUCCCUCGAGUCUACCAGAUCCCAGCAGCAAGCAGAACAGGAGGGCGCAGCCGAGACGGAUCUAGGUUAACAUGCCGGACAGUACAGAUGUUCAUCAGGACAUAAACUGGAGUAUUAUACGCACACACUGAAGCUCCGCCCUUGGAUUUAAUCCUCAGCUUUCUUUUGCAAUAUAAUUUUAGCUGAUCGUUGAUCAAAAUUAAUAAAAUUUGUGCUUUGCCUUGUCAAA